AUGUGUCGCUUGAUAGUUUUUCUAUUUACUCUCGUAGUCGUUUUGGCUGAACAACCGACUCCUCAAAUAGGUUUCCAGGCUUUGAUAGGAAGAAUCGAAAACACGGAAUUCGUCACAUGUUUUAAAGAAAACAAAGUAACAAAAGAGGAAUUAAAAUUAAUCACGAUCGACAAUUUGGAUUCGCUUGAUCACAAAUACUAUUGCCUCUUAAAAUGUUUGGGUGACCAAAGCCACAUUAUUAAGGCGGACGGAACUGUUAACAUGGUUUUGUUCAGAAAAAGAGAGAAAUUACCCAAAUUCAUAGAAACUAUUGAAAAAAGAGUCGAUAAGUGUGUGGAGGAAGCUGGUAAAAUACUAACUUGCCCAGACGUCAAAAAGUUAUUGCUUUGCAGGAAACAACUUAUGUAAUUAGUAUAAGUAAUAAAAACCUUUUAAUUUGUUC